AAUUGAAUUCCGUGGGCGACGUCAACUGCGCAACUUCAAACAGACUACUCUCCUGACAUCUAUCAAAGAUCCAUCAAAACAAAUGCCAAGAUGCUUCUAAAAGGCAGAGAUGACUACCGCCGCCUCCUCGCCGAAUCAACAGCUGCAGACCAAGAGCGGGAACAACGUCUGCAAGCGCUUCGAAAGCAAGAAAUUCGUGAACAAGCACGUCGCGCGCAUGAAGAGAAGGAAGCACGACAACGUGUGAUUCAGGAACGCGCACAAGCGAUCAGUGAGGCGAAAGAGGCAAAAUCGCGCGCUGAGCGGGAAGCGAGGGAUCGUGCAGCUGCGAUGGCGCUUGCUGCAAAGAAACGACCGUUAUCUGUUGUGGAAGCGCGAGAGAAGCGUGAGCGAUUGGAAAUGAAUCGUGUUGGGCCACAGGGGAAAGGGACGGUCAAGACAAAGAUGGCGCCGUUGCAGAGAUUGACGACGCCGUCGCAUUUGUAUGGCACGAAAUCAACGAGUGCGUCGCCAAAGAGUACGGGUAUGGUGGGCCUACCGCCACGUCACGCAUCACACAAAGGUGGUGCGCCGCAUCUUGAUGAGGUGCAGCCACUGACUCGCAUGACUGGGAAGAAGGCGGGCAGCAAGGUAAGCAAAUCGACCAAAACACCUACACAAUCGCUGCCACCGCUACAAGCACUUCAGAAGAAUGGUAAGCGUGAUUUAAGGACUAUUGAGGAAAUACAGAAUGAUUUGUGGCGGAAACAAGGGAAGAAUCUGCCAUACCUCAAGGAGAAGAAGGCAUUGUCGAGUGCUCCUGCUGGCCGGGAACGCAUGAUUGCUGCACCAAGGAAGAAGAUGCUGCCAACGAUGCAGGCAAGGCAGCAGGCUUCUUCGAUUGCCCGUCGUCCUGCGUAUGAGGAUGAGGAUGAAGAUGAGGAUGCAGAUUCGUUCAUUGCAUCUGAAGAGGAAGAGGAAGAGGCAUACAGCCAGCGUCAACGCAGCAAGCAGGAUCUCUCGUCAGAGAUUUGGGGAUUGUUUGGGAAGCGCAAGGCCGACUAUCUAUCAAGGGACGUGGACAGUGACGAGGAUAUGGAGGCUCAUGCGAGUGACAUUGAGCGGGAGGAGCGUCGUGCUGCGAAGGCUGCAAGGGAGGAGGAUGCGGCGGAGGAGCGUAAGCUGCGAGAGGCUGAGGCGAGGAAGGCGGAGAGGCGGAGGAGGUAGUUCUCUACUAGCUCUACUAGUACUGUUCUAGUACUGUUCUAGUUAUUCUACAGCACUUCAACACGUGAUAGAUUGCA